GUCGGCUUCAGCUGUCAUUUAUUGUCAAAAUAAGGGUAAAUUACAGAUUAAAGUGACUUCUAGGUUUUAGAUUAGAUUUAUACUGAAAUUAUUUAAAUAAUCGAUAGAUAAUUGCUCAAUAUGUAGUAUAGUAUAGUUAAGAUUGAUGUUAAUUGUUUGUACGAAAGAAAACAAAAUGUCGUUAGAACAAACAGCUUGCGAUGAUCUAAAGGCUUUCGAGCGACGCCUGACUGAAGUUAUAGGAUGUCUGCAGCCAGCUACUAUGAGAUGGAGAAUUUUACUGACAGUGGUGUCAGUGUGCACAGCAAUAGCGGCUUACCAUUGGUUGAUGGACCCGCUCACACCAGUUGUCUCCCUCACACAGUCUCUCUGGAAUCACCCGUUUUUUGCCUUUACCUCCACUUUUCUAGUAUUGUUAUUCAUGAUGGGAGUGCACAGAAAGGUGGUAGCGCCGAGCAUCAUCACGGCUCGCACGCGCUCCGUCCUCAACGACUUCAACAUGUCCUGUGACGACACGGGCAAGCUCAUCCUCAAGCCACGCCCCGCCAACACCUAGCACAUCAAUGUACAUAUUUUUUAAGCUAAGAAUAAAUUGUUUCAUUGUU